AUGAGCCCGCUCUGGUGCCUUUUGUUGCUGUUGCUUCGGACCGCGGAGCUCCGUCAUGUCCCCUCAGCUCCGGGGAUCCAGGCGGAGGAUGCUGCGGGGAUGGAAGCUUCGCCCUCAGCGGACUCGGACGCUCCGGGCUGGGUUGAAAGUUUCGGACUGAAGCGGGUCCCCCGAGGAGCCAAAGACGGGAGCUUCCGAAGAAGAGAGCCCCUUUUAAAGAGCAGUCCGCCCCGCCGACUCGACGACCCGAGCGGCUUCUUCACCACCACCACCCCGCGGACCCUCCGUCACUCCUCCGCCCCGCCGCUGAACUCCUCCGGCCGAGGCUCUGGAGGUCCGGGGCUCCUCAACCCCCUGUUCCCGGUCACAGACGGCUCCUUCUGGGCCUACGCCGUGCUGCUGCUCGCGCUCGUCCUGUUCGCGGCGGGAAUCGUGGGGAACCUCGCGCUCAUGUGCAUCGUGUGGCACAACGUUUACCUGAAGAGCGCGUGGAACUGCAUCCUGGCCGGGCUGGCCUUCUGGGACUUCCUCGUGCUCUUCUUCUGCCUGCCUGUCGUCAUCUUCCACGAGCUCACCCUGAAGCGGUUGCUAGGAGACGUGUCCUGCCGGCUCGUGCCCUACCUGGAGGUGACCUCUCUGGGCGUGGCCACGUUCAGCCUCUGCGCUCUGAGCAUCGAUCGUUUCCACGCCGCCACUGGCCCCGCCCCUCAUCAGACUCCGAAGGUGGAGCCCUGCGGGUCCAUCUUGUCCAAGGUGGGGGUGAUCUGGGUGGGGUCCAUGGUCCUGGCGGCGCCGGAGCUGCUGCUGUGGCAGCUCCUCCAGGAGCCCGUCAGCCCACUCACGCUGACCUCUGACCUCCAGCAGGGCCCGCACGCAGCCUCACUUAUGGCGGCGCUGAGAACUCGCAGUGACGUAUUCAAGGUGGACGUUUGCGUCCGCACGCCGUCCCUGGAGCUGCCGGAGAGCGUCUUCGCUCUGGUUCUGACCUACCAGGAGGCCCGGGUCUGGUGGAUCUUCGGCUGCUACCUGUGCCUGCCGCUGCUCUUCACUCUGGCCUGCGACCUGGUGACGAGGCGGGUCUUAUCCCAGCGGUUACCACGGAAACCGGAGGGUGAGAGGGUGGCUGGCUCCUCCUCCUCGGCGAAGAAGAAGCAGCAUGUGAGGGAGCGGCGGCAGCGCUCGGCCGUGAUGGCGCUCACCGUCCUGUACGUCACCUGCAACCUGCCGCACAGCGUCUCUAACAUCGUCCUGUCCUACGUGUCCGUCCCGGUUCUGGUCCUGCCGGCGCUGGCUCUGGUGGAACAGUUCCUGCUGUUCGCUCGAUGUUCUGCCACGCCGGUUCUGCUGCUGUGCCUGUGCCGCUCUCUGGGCCAGGCCUUCGUGGACUGCUGCUGCUGCUGCUGCGAAGAGUGCCUCCCCGACACCAGCUCCUCUUCGUCCUCCUCCUCCGCCUCCACCGCCGCCACCUCCGCCCUGUCCUCGCCCACCUCCCCCUCACCCACCUCCCUGUUCCCCCCCAGCAGGGAGGAGGCGAUAAAGAGCGGGUCGGCUGCAGAACCGGACAGAGAGAAGGACCCUGCAGAGGCCAUCGGGACGCCCUGCUGAGUCCUGGACCCGUGUCCUGUUUCUGGUUUUGCUCGUUUUCUCCAACGUUUCUCUAGAGCAGGAAUAUUUAACGAGAUUACUCAGGGGCCACAGUUACUGAAAGCCACGUGCUCAGGGGCCGGACA